AGUGUCAGUGUAAAUGGUGGUUGACCUGUGCUACAGUACGGAGGCUGAAGCUGGGGGGGAGGCUAGGGUGGCACGGGCCUCGGACAGGUACCCCUGUGUUUAUCAUGGGAUAGGGGUCCGAUUAUUUCGACUUCCUUUCGUCUAAACACACAUCACACUGAGUUGCUGAUGUGAGCAGCAUCCGGCUCUGAAGUUGUCUCUCCUUUCCUUAGAAACAAGCCUUCCUACUUCCGGACUCAAAUGGCUCUCGGCCAUGUCAAGGGAUAUGGCUUUACCACUCAGUAAGCCCGCUCCUUCCUUCUUGUUGCUGCCUCCAGAGGUUCGAGAUUGCAUAUAUGACGCUGCCUUGAGCUGGCCAGUUAUUUCGGACUUGCCCAAGACGGUUCCCUUGGAGCCAGGUGCCACAGUUCAUGGACACUGGGAACAGCCCCUCUGCACCGUUCCCAGACCGCGCUACGGUCCAAUGAGAACGCCUUCCCUUCUUCUGCUCAAUCGCCAGAUCACAUCGGAGGCACUUGAAGUGCUUUACCGGAAGCCUCUCAUGUUGGAUACAACCCCUCCAUACAUACCACAACUCGGCCAGCCAAUGGGCAUACCGGAAAUUAUCAGCGAAACCACACUGCAGAACCUCCGGUUUGUGGUCCUGAGGAUGGACUUGGACCAAAGACAGAGUGCGAGGUAUUGGUUUAAGAUUAUUGAGAUGCUGCUUGAUAUCUGGUUUGUGAAGAACAACCUUGAGGAAGUACAGGCUCGGAUCCAAUGUCCUCCGCGCCAAGGAGACACACGAAGAGGCAGUCAUGACGAGGGGAUUCGUGCUGAAUACUAUCGCAGGUUGCUAUCGAAGUUGAGAGGGUUUGGAGAACAGGUCCCGUGAUAAUUGAAGAAGUACUUGCCAAGGAUUUGAAGGAAAGCUUGGAAAGAGACCCCGCUCCUCCAGCACACGGAGCUUCCAUGCUCACCUCGCCAAUUGCUGGGAUCUUCACCU